AUGUCCACCCAGAAUACCUCCGAACCAGAUCAAGACUCCGCUCAGCCUAGAACUGUCCUUUCCAAUGAACAGAGGAGAUUCCUCGACAGUGCGCUGCGUGUGAACCAAGCGGGAGAACUCGCCGCUACUCUCAUUUACAGCGCUCAGACACCGCCUGUUGUCAAAGCAUAUCCACAUCUCCGUCCACUCAUGAAACACAUGUACGACCAAGAAGCUGGGCAUUUCAAAGUCUUCAAUGAACUCCUUGCAAAGCACCGCAUUCGCCCCACCGCAAUGUAUCCGGUUUGGCAAGUGGCAGCAACUGUACUAGGAUGGACUACAGGCAUGAUGGGAAGAGAGGCUGCGAUGGCUUGCACAGAGGCAGUGGAGACAGAGAUUGGGAAUCAUUACAACGGCCAGGUGCGGGAGCUUUUCAAGUGGAUGACGGAGCUGAAAGAGAAGGGAGAAGAGCUUGAUCCUGAACUGAAGGUCUUGAUUGAUGAAAUUAAGCGCAUACGCGAUGAAGAGCUUGAGCAUCUUGAUUAUGCUGUCGAAAAUGAUGCAAAGGAGGCUCAGCCAUACCAGCCGCUGACGGAUGUCAUCCGAUAUGGAUGCAGGGGAGCUAUCUGGGUCAGUGAGAGAGUAUGA